AUGGAUGACGGACUCAGACGGAUCAUCGAACUCAUCGAGUCAAAGAAGAAGCCAUCUCUUCCAUGGAAGCGACAAGAACGCUACGAUCAACCCUGUUACUCUUUCUCUCCGCAACGCGCCUCAUGGGAGGAGACAUGGCCGUCCAAAGUCCCGUCCGCCGAAGCCAUAUCGUCCUCCAAGUUCACGAUCAUUUCAUGGAACAUCGACUUCAUGCUUCCUCACCCAGACGAGAGGAUGCGCGCGGCACUCAAGCACCUGGAUACUCAAGUCAACUCGCAUUCCAGCCCGAGUAUAAUCAUGUUGCAAGAGAUGCUGCAGUCCGAUCUCGACCUCAUCCAGGCUCAGCCUUGGGUUCGUGACGAAUACCGCAUGACCGACAUAGACACCAAGUAUUGGGAAUCAGGUCACUACGGCACCUGUACGCUCAUCCCGAAAGUCUGGCCAGUCUCUGCCGUGUUCCGCGUGCACUACGAGCCGACGGUCAUGGAGCGAGACGGUCUUUUCGUUGAUCUGGACUUCGGUUGUAACCGCACCAUCCGAAUCUGCAAUACCCAUCUGGAAUCGUUGGUCGCCGAUCCACCAAAGCGACCACAUCAGCUGGCCGAGGUGGCCAAGUUCAUGCAUGAUCUGUCAAUCAGUGGCAGCGUCCUGGGAGGAGACCUCAAUGCCAUCCAGGAUUUUGACCGAAGCUUGCACACGGACAAUGGCCUCCAAGAUGCAUACCUAACCUUAGGGGGAAAGGAGGACAGUGACGACGGAUAUACCUGGGGACAGAUGGCAGCAGUCAGACAGAGAGAAAUGUUUGGAUGUAGUCGGAUGGACAAGUUGAUCUUCUGCGGUCAGCUGGAAUGCGAGAAGUUUGAAAGGUUUGGUCUCGGUGUCGAAGUCGAAGAAAAGCAUGUGAAGAAGGCCUUGGUCGAGGACAGUGGUCUGGAGAAAGGAUAUGUGACGGACCAUGCGGGCGUCAAGGCAAAGUUCAGCAUGAUCGAACAGGAGGCCCAAGACACCCUCAAGGCCAUGCGAGCAUAG